UGCGGGUUGAGGGCGCGGCAAGGACCUGGCUGUGGCCCGGGGCACCGGCUGCCGGGGUGGAGCGACCUGAGGGGCGUCCCGGCCGGGGUCUGCGGCUAAGGAAACUGAGGCAGUGGGUCCCCGCCGGCCUGGCACGCGCGGCCGGGUGCUUGCAGGGAGACUGCGCCGCCCUCACGCCGUCUGUGUUUGCAGGUGGCUGGCGGCUGCUCGGCGCCGGGUCCCUGGGGGGCGUCUUGACUUCUCCGGGGGAAAAGCCCCCGUCACUCCCCUCCGUCCCCUCGCCGGAUCAGUCGCCUCAGGUCUGGCCGCCUUGGACUAUCGCCUGUCCGGGAGGAGCUGCCUCUGCGCGGGGCUGUGGUGUUCUUUUUUAUUAGUUCUAGAAUGUCUGUCAUACGUGUCCAUGCAGCUCCGGCCUUCCCAGGCAGGAGACAAAGCAUCUGACUGUCAGCGCCGGCGACCACAGGGCCCGCCGCGCGCCCACUCGGGUUCUGAUGUCUGUACAAAUGGGACAUCUUUUUCAGCAUCACGGGAAUCUAGAUAUGCCGUCGCGUGUGGGUAGAAGAGACAGAUCUGGCCUCUUGGGUGUUUGAAUGGAAGUGAAAUUUAAGAAUAAGACCACAGCUUGCCAAAGAGAAGAUUGAAGGAUGCCAUAUUUGUACAUCUGUCACACCGGGAGAGCCUCAGGUCUUCCUAGGGAAAGACAAGGCUUUUACUUUUGACUAUGUAUUUGACAUUGACUCCCAGCAAGAGCAGAUCUACAUUCAAUGUAUAGAAAAACUAAUUGAAGGUUGCUUCGAAGGAUACAAUGCUACAGUUUUUGCUUAUGGACAAACUGGAGCUGGUAAAACAUACACAAUGGGAACAGGAUUUGAUGUUAACAUUGUUGAGGAAGAACAGGGUAUUAUUUCUCGAGCUGUUAAACAUCUUUUUAAGAGUAUUGAAGAAAAAAAACACAUAGCAAUUAAAAAUGGGCUUCCUCCUCCAGAUUUUAAAGUGAAUGCCCAAUUCUUAGAGCUCUAUAAUGAAGAGGUCCUUGACUUAUUUGAUACCACUCGUGAUAUUGAUGCAAAAAAUAAAAAAUCAAAUAUAAGAAUUCAUGAAGAUUCAACUGGAGGAAUUUAUACUGUGGGCGUUACAACACGUACUGUGAAUACAGAAUCAGAGAUGAUGCAGUGUUUGAAGUUGGGUGCUUUAUCCCGAACAACUGCCAGUACCCAGAUGAAUGUUCAGAGCUCUCGUUCACAUGCCAUUUUUACCAUUCAUGUGUGUCAAACCAGAUUGUGUCCCCAAAUUGAUGCUGACAGUGCAACUGAUAAUAAAAUUAUUUCUGAAUCAGCACAGAUGAAUGAAUUUGAAACCCUGACUGCAAAGUUCCAUUUUGUUGAUCUCGCAGGGUCAGAAAGAUUGAAGCGUACUGGAGCUACAGGCGAGAGGGCAAAAGAAGGCAUUUCUAUCAACUGUGGACUUUUGGCGCUUGGCAAUGUAAUUAGUGCCUUGGGAGACAAGAGCAAGAGGGCCACACAUGUCCCCUACAGAGAUUCCAAGCUAACGAGACUACUACAGGAUUCCCUUGGGGGUAAUAGCCAAACAAUCAUGAUAGCAUGUGUCAGCCCUUCAGACAGAGACUUUAUGGAAACGUUAAACACCCUGAAAUAUGCCAAUCGAGCUAGAAAUAUCAAGAAUAAGGUGAUGGUCAAUCAGGACAGAGCUAGUCAGCAAAUCAAUGCACUUCGUAGUGAAAUCACACGACUUCAGAUGGAGCUCAUGGAGUACAAAACAGGUAAAAGAAUAAUUGACGAAGAGGGUGUGGAAAGCAUUAAUGACAUGUUCCAUGAGAAUGCUAUGCUACAGACUGAAAAUAAUAACCUGCGUGUAAGAAUUAAAGCCAUGCAAGAGACGGUUGAUGCCUUGAGGUCCAGAAUUACACAGCUUGUUAGUGAUCAGGCCAACCACGUUCUUGCCAGAGCAGGUGAAGGAAAUGAGGAGAUUAGUAAUAUGAUUCAUAGUUAUAUAAAAGAAAUCGAAGAUCUCAGAGCAAAAUUAUUAGAAAGUGAAGCAGUGAAUGAGAACCUUCGAAAAAACUUGACAAGAGCCACAGCAAGAGCGCCAUAUUUCAGUGGAUCAUCAACUUUUUCUCCUACUAUACUAUCCUCAGACAAAGAAACCAUUGAAAUUAUAGACCUAGCAAAGAAAGAUUUAGAGAAGUUGAAAAGAAAAGAAAAGAGGAAGAAAAAAAGGCUACAGAAACUUGAGGAAAGCAAUCGAGAAGAAAGAAGUGUGGCUGGUAAAGAGGAUAAUACAGACACUGAUCAAGAGAAGAAAGAAGAAAAGGGUGCUUCAGAAAGAGAAAACAAUGAAUUAGAAGUGGAAGAAAGUCAAGAAAUGAGUGAUCAUGAGGAUGAAGAAGAGGAGGAGGAGGAGGAGGAGGAAGAUGACAUUGAGGGUGGUGAAAGUUCUGAUGAAUCAGAUUCUGAAUCAGAUGAAAAAGCCAAUUAUCAAGCAGACUUGGCAAACAUUACUUGUGAAAUUGCAAUUAAGCAAAAGCUGAUUGAUGAACUAGAAAACAGCCAGAAAAGACUGCAGACUCUGAAAAAGCAGUAUGAAGAGAAGCUAAUGAUGCUACAACAUAAAAUUCGGGACACUCAGCUUGAAAGAGACCAGGUGCUUCAAAACUUAGGCUCAGUAGAAUCUUACUCAGAAGAAAAAGCAAAAAAAGUUAGGUCUGAAUAUGAAAAGAAACUCCAAGCCAUGAAUAAAGAACUGCAGAGGCUUCAAGCAGCUCAAAAAGAACAUGCAAGGUUGCUUAAAAAUCAGUCUCAGUAUGAAAAGCAAUUGAAGAAAUUGCAGCAGGAUGUGAUGGAAAUGAAAAAAACAAAGGUUCGCCUAAUGAAGCAAAUGAAAGAAGAACAAGAGAAAGCCAGACUGACUGAGUCUAGAAGAAACAGAGAGAUUGCUCAGUUGAAAAAGGAUCAACGUAAAAGAGAUCAUCAACUUAGACUUCUGGAAGCCCAAAAAAGAAACCAAGAAGUGGUUCUACGUCGCAAAACGGAAGAGGUUACAGCUCUUCGUCGGCAAGUAAGACCCAUGUCAGAUAAAGUGGCUGGGAAAGUUACUCGGAAGCUGAGUUCAUCUGAUGCCCCUGCUCAGGACACAAGUUCCAGUGCAGCUGCUCUCGAAACAGAUGCAUCAAGGACAGGAGUCCAGCAGAAAAUGAGAAUUCCUGUGGCGAGAGUCCAGGCCUUACCAACGCCCACAACAAAUGGAACCAGGAAAAAAUAUCAGAGGAAAGGAUUGACUGGCCGAGUGUUUAUUUCCAAGACAGCCCGCAUGAAGUGGCAGCUCCUUGAGCGCAGAGUCACAGACAUCAUCAUGCAGAAGAUGACCAUUUCCAACAUGGAGGCAGAUAUGAAUAGACUCCUCAAGCAACGGGAGGAACUGACAAAAAGACGAGAGAAACUUUCAAAAAGAAGGGAGAAGAUAGUUAAGGAGAAUGGAGAGGGAGAUAAAAAUGUGGCUAAUAUCAAUGAAGAGAUGGAGUCACUGAUUGCUAAUAUAGAUUACAUCAAUGACAGUAUUUCUGAUUGUCAAGCCAACAUAAUGCAGAUGGAAGAAGCAAAGGAAGAAGGUGAGACAUUGGAUGUUACUGCAGUCAUUAAUGCCUGCACCCUUACAGAAGCCCGAUACCUGCUAGAUCACUUCCUGUCAAUGGGCAUUAAUAAGGGUCUUCAGGCUGCCCAGAAAGAGGCUCAAAUUAAAGUACUGGAAGGUCGACUCAAACAAACAGAAAUAACCAGUGCCACCCAAAACCAGCUCUUAUUCCAUAUGUUGAAAGAGAAGGCAGAAUUAAAUCCUGAGCUAGAUGCUUUACUAGGCCAUGCUUUACAAGAUCUAGAUAGCGUACCAUUAGAAAACGUAGAGGAUAGUACUGAUGAAGAUGCACCUUUAAACAGCCCAGGAUCAGAAGGAAGCACACUGUCUUCAGAUCUCAUGAAGCUUUGUGGUGAAGUGAAACCUAAGAGCAAGGCCCGAAGGAGAACCACCACUCAGAUGGAAUUGCUGUAUGCAGAUAGCAGUGAACUAGCUUCAGACACUAGUACAGGAGAUGCCUCCUUGCCUGGCCCUCUUACACCUGUUGCAGAAGGGCAAGAGAUUGGAAUGAAUACAGAGACAAGUGGUACUUCUGCUAGGGAAAAAGAGCUCUCUCCCCCACCUGGCUUACCUUCUAAGAUAGGCAGCAUUUCCAGGCAGUCAUCUCUACCAGAAAAAAAAAUUCCAGAGCCUUCUCCUGUAACAAGGAGAAAGGCAUACGAGAAAGCAGAAAAAUCAAAGGCCAAGGAACAAAAGCACUCAGAUUCUGGAACUUCAGAGGCUAGUCUUUCACCUCCUUCUUCCCCACCAAGCCGGCCCCGUAAUGAACUGAAUGUUUUUAAUCGUCUUACUGUUUCUCAGGGAAACACAUCAGUUCAGCAGGAUAAGUCUGAUGAAAGUGACUCCUCUCUGUCGGAGGUACACAGCAGAUCCUCCAGAAGGGGCAUAAUCAACCCAUUUCCAGCUUCAAAAGGAAUCAGAGCUUUUCCACUUCAGUGUAUUCACAUAGCUGAAGGACAUACAAAAGCUGUGCUCUGUGUGGAUUCUACUGAUGAUCUCCUCUUCACUGGAUCGAAAGAUCGUACUUGUAAAGUAUGGAAUCUGGUGACUGGGCAGGAAAUAAUGUCACUAGGGGGUCAUCCCAACAAUGUCGUGUCUGUAAAAUACUGUAAUUAUACCAGUUUGGUCUUCACUGUAUCAACAUCUUAUAUUAAGGUGUGGGAUAUCAGAGAUUCAGCAAAGUGCAUUCGGACACUGACGUCUUCAGGUCAAGUUACUCUUGGAGAUGCUUGUUCUGCAAGUACCAGUCGAACAGUAGCUAUUCCUUCUGGAGAGAACCAGAUCAAUCAAAUUGCCCUAAACCCAACUGGCACCUUCCUCUAUGCUGCUUCCGGAAAUGCUGUCAGGAUGUGGGAUCUUAAAAGGUUUCAGUCUACAGGAAAGUUAACAGGACACCUAGGCCCUGUUAUGUGCCUUACUGUGGAUCAGAUUUCCAAUGGACAAGAUCUAAUCAUCACUGGCUCCAAGGAUCAUUACAUCAAAAUGUUUGAUGUUACAGAAGGAGCUCUUGGUACUGUGAGUCCCACCCACAAUUUUGAACCCCCUCAUUAUGAUGGCAUAGAAGCACUAACCAUUCAAGGGGAUAACCUAUUUAGCGGGUCUAGAGAUAAUGGAAUCAAGAAAUGGGACUUAACUCAAAAAGACCUUCUUCAGCAAGUUCCAAAUGCACAUAAAGAUUGGGUCUGUGCCCUGGGAGUAGUGCCAGACCACCCAGUUUUGCUCAGUGGCUGCAGAGGGGGCAUUUUGAAAGUCUGGAACAUGGAUACUUUUAUGCCAGUUGGAGAGAUGAAAGGUCAUGAUAGUCCUAUCAAUGCCAUAUGUGUUAAUUCCACCCACAUUUUUACUGCAGCUGAUGAUCGAACUGUGAGAAUUUGGAAGGCUCGCAGUUUGCAAGAUGGUCAGAUCUCUGACACAGGAGAUCUGGGGGAAGAUACUGCCAGUAAUUAAACAUGAGAGAAGAUAAGUUGUAAACUGAAUGCUGUGAUAAUACUCUGUAUUCUUUAUGGAAAAUUUCCUGCACUUAUUAGGCAAAGCGUAUGAAUGGGAUUAACUGGAAAAUAUAUCUGAAUUCAACUGCUGACUAUAAAUUAUAUUCUAAUAAAAUUGUGUACUAUCUUGUGUGCUUAGUUUUAAGAUCAACCAAUAGAUAUAUAUCCUACAAUUGAUAUAUUGCUUUAUUCGCACUUUUAUUGUAGCUGAAUUUUUGUGCCUAUCUAUAAAACACACCUUCAAAUUAUUUGAAUUACAAGACAUCUGCUUUUGUGACAGUCAGAAAACACACCUGGCAUACAAUGCAACCCACUGUUAACUCAUUCAUAUAGUUUAUUCAAGUGAUUUAUGUAUUUAAACAUAUUGAAAAUGUUAGUCAAAUUGUGGUUUGCUUGUCAGGAAUUUUUAUCAGUCUGUAGAGAGUUCCCAAAUUUCAAAGCUCUUUUAGUGUAAUGGACAAAAAUAAGAUAUGAGAAUAUUAUUGAUGAAUUUUCAUAAGGUGGAAUUGAUCUUAAUCUACUAACAGAGAAGGAUAAAUAGUUUGUGUUAAAUGUUGGCAUUUACUUGUAUUGACCAAAGUUUUGCAGCUCUACUAUAUUCUGUGCUCAGGACUAAAAUGUUGUUAAAUUGUUGGGUUUUUUUGUUUUUUUUGGGUUUUUUUUCAGUGCUGUGCAUAUAUUCUGUGAUGGGAAACGUUGUUCAUGUCCUAACAGAAAUAUAUUUUGAUCUAUUUUCCUAUGGAGUUGUUUCUAUUAUCACCAUUUAAUUUUGUUUUUAUUUAAUAGUAGUAUUUCCUUCCCUUUUAUCUAAUUUUUUUUAUAUGCUGCUAAAUAUAUUUUAAAUACACUAUGUUUGCAAACCUUGGUAGCUAUGGUAAGAACUAUUAUCAUCUGUGGUGGGAAAAGCUAUGUAAAUAGGUAGAUUGUAUAGAGAGACUAUCUUGUGUUGUGCCUGUAUGAAUUUUUAAAAGCUGUUGAUUGGAUUUUGCAAAAAGAUGCAUAAUAUUUCUGUCUGCCUAGAAUAUUAAUUUGUAAAUUCUGCAAGUUUAAUUUUUAUGUGGAUGGUAUAACAUUUGAAAAUAUUGUCUUACGUGAUUUUUUUUCCCCUGAAAAUAUUUGCUUGUAAAUGAAAACUUAGCUAGGGCUUAAAUAAACAUGUUGCUAUGAAAUUA